AUGGCUUUCGCCGCCGCCAUACCCGAUGGCAGGCACGUAAUCCUCCGACACACUCCCGAUAGAAAUCCGCCACGCAAACACAGCAUGGCAGGCCAGUCGACGCUGCGGCACUCGGCCGCCGAGGGCGCCAUUCUGGAGCUGGUCGAAAAGUAUACCACCUUGAUCCGAACUCGCCUGCGCCAGACCUCGCGGACGACCCGCCUCCUCGCGACCCUCGCCCUUGUUUCCUCCAUCAUCCUCGGCGCAGAGGGCUCCCGCCGCUGGUGGAGGCGCAGGAAGUCGGAGAAGGAGCAGGGCUUCAAGCUCGUCAGGACCAACUCGUGGCUGCACAAUAAGGAUGGCUCGCGCACCAUCUACGUCCCUUACAAGGACGGCACCUCCAAGGUCGUCAUCCACACCACAAAGCCCCUGACCUUUGAGGCGCACCGGAGGCUUUUUCUCAACCCGCCCCGCGUCUCCGGCCUGGGCGAUGGCACCGUACCUUCUGCGCAGACCAAGCCGGGGCUCAACCUGGCCUUUCUCCACCAGUUCCUGAGCCUCAUGAGCAUCAUGAUACCGAGGUGGACGAGCAAGGAGGCCGGCCUGCUCGUCAGCCAUGGCGUUUUCCUCAUGUUGCGGACUUAUCUCUCCUUGGUGGUAGCCCGCCUUGAUGGUGAGAUUGUUCGUGACUUGGUCGCUGGCAACGGCAAGUCUUUUAUCUGGGGCAUUGUCAAGUGGUGUGGCCUGGGAAGCUUUGCCUCGUAUACCAACGCCAUGAUCAAGUUUCUCGAGUCAAAGGUAUCCAUCGCCUUCCGGACAAGAUUGACGCGGUACAUACACGACCUCUACCUCAACGACAAUCUCAACUACUACAAGCUGUCGAACCUGGACGGCGGCGUCGGCCAAGGGGCAGACCAGUUCAUCACCCAAGACCUGACUCUGUUCUGUGCUGCAGCUGCGAACUUGUACUCAUCCUUGGGAAAGCCCUUUGUCGACAUCUGCGUCUUCAACUACCAGCUCUACCGGUCUCUCGGCCCCUUGGCAUUGACAGGUCUAUUGAGCAAUUACUUCUUCACUGCGUCCAUCCUUAGGCGCCUUUCGCCUCCGUUUGGCAAGCUCAAGGCCGUCGAAGGCGCAAAGGAGGGUGACUUCCGCAGCUUACAUGCCCGCCUGAUAGCCAACGCCGAGGAAGUAGCCUUCUAUGGCGGCGCGGAAAUGGAGAAGCACUUCCUCAACCGCGAGUUCAAGUCUCUCAAGACCUGGAUGGAGGGGAUUUACAUGCUCAAGAUCCGCUACAAUAUCCUGGAAGACUUCAUCCUAAAGUACAGCUGGAGCGCCUACGGCUACCUCCUGUCCUCUUUACCCGUCUUCCUCCCCGCCUGGGGAGGACUGGGUGGGGCAUCAGAGCUCUUGGAUUCGGCCGAAAAGGGUGGCCGUGAGCGCGGCCGCAUGCAGAACUUCAUCACGAACAAGCGCCUUAUGCUGUCGCUCGCCGAUGCAGGCGGCCGCAUGAUGUACAGCAUCAAAGACCUGUCCGAACUGGCCGGAUACACCAGCCGCGUGUACACGCUCAUCUCGACUCUGCAUCGUGCACAUGCAAACGCGUACUUCGCUCGGGGUAGGCCCAACGAGCUCUACUCUCUGAGCGACGUCCAGGGCACCAUGCAGAAGGGUUUUGACGGCGUGCGCCUGGAGAACGUACCCGUCGUAGCCCCGGCCCUGUGGCCUCAGGGAGGAGACGAGCUGAUCGAAUCCAUCAGCCUGAUUGUCCGCCGUGGGGAACACCUUCUCAUUUCGGGCCCGAAUGGCGUCGGCAAGAGCGCCAUCAGCCGUGUCCUGGCCGGACUGUGGCCCGUGUAUCGCGGCCUAGUUUCACGGCCAAAGACCAACGGCGAGGACGGGAUCAUGUUCCUCCCGCAGCGGCCGUACCUAAGCGUGGGCACGCUACGGGACCAGGUCAUUUACCCGGACGGCGAGGCAGACAUGCGCGAGAAGAGGAAGAACGAGCACGAUCUGAAGGGUGUGCUUGAGGCCGCCAGGCUGGGGUACCUGCCUGAUCGCGAGGGCGGCUGGGACACCAAGAAGGAGUGGAAGGAUGUUCUUAGCGGCGGCGAGAAGCAGAGGAUGGGCAUUGCGAGGCUGUUAUACCAUGAGCCCCAGUACGCGUUCAUCGAUGAAGGCACAAGUGCGGUGUCAAGUGAUGUCGAGGGACUCUUGUAUGAGACUUGCAAGGAGAAGGGGAUAACACUCAUCACGAUUUCGACCCGCGCCUCCCUCAAGAAAUACCACACCUUCAACCUCGUGCUUGGAAUGGGCGAGAACGGCGACGAGUGGGAGUUUGAGCGCAUCGGCACCGAGCGGGAGAAGAUGCACGUCGAGAGGGAGCUCCAGGAGCUGAGAGAGAGGCUGGCGAAAGUCGAGGAGUGGAAGACGAGGAGGGACGAGAUCGAGAAGGAGCUGGCGCAGGUGUGGGUCGAGGGCGGCGAUAGCCUGCAGCCUCCGGCAUACACGGAGAAGCAGGAAGGGCAGGAGACCGGCGCAAACGAGCAGGGCAACGUGGACGUACAGGCAUGA